AUGAUCCAUAUCUUGAUCUAUUCCUAUUUGCUGAUAGAUGUUCACAGGCAUUAGUCCUUGUUCUACCUUUUUAGCAUGUGGAUUGCAAUGUUCUGGGACUUUCUACUUCUAGGCUCUGAAUCAGGCACCGCGGCCCACGUAAAGAAAAUGUAUGAUGCAGGAGAAGAAGCUUUUUGCGGCGAGGAGAUCAAAAAUCGAGGGGCGGAGAGUUCAGAUCUGGUCGAAACGACAGGAUUAAAAAAGCGACCGUGGGGCGGACCUUUCCUUGUCGUUGACGGCGGCGGCAGAUCCUUCGCGACUCAGUUGGAGAGUCCAGGCCAAAAGAAGAAGGAUGGGAUCAUGGCGGAUGCAGGUACCAGGCGAUGCUUACCCAGAAUCCGAUUCGACAGGUCUGGGGAAACAUGUUCUGUUUUUUCGGCUGCGUUUCAAGGACUCUGCGAGGUGAUGAGAUGAGAGAAAGAAAAACCUGGGAGGGUGGAACAAGAGCGAGGUCCGGACCAGGGCAUCGCCGCUGUGGCCGACUCUCGUGUUCCUGCUCUGAAAUCUGAAGUCGUAAGGUUAAAAUGAUUCGUGAUAGGGUUCAAUCCUUCGCAUCCUUCUAAUUAUAUGUUCGUCAGUCGCAAAUUUGCCUUCACGGAAGAAAAUGACAGAAAAGCAAUCCUCAUGUUGACUUUCUCAGGC